UACACUCAAUAAUAGUCGAUCAGUCCAAAAAUUGUUCAGUUCCCACUAUCAAACUAGAGGAUCACAUGGAGUCUUGUCACAAAUUUUCUUUUCCUCUUCUUACUCUUCUCUCUCUCUACAUGUUUUUUGUUGCUCAUGCUGAAGGUUCGCUAAAGCCAAGGCCCUUCAACAACAAGAUUACGGCUGCUUUUGUCUUUGGAGAUUCGACGGUAGAUCCUGGGAACAACAACUACGUAAAGACCCUGUUUAGGGGCAAUUUUCCUCCUUAUGGAAAGGAUUUUAGAGACCACGUGCCGACCGGAAGGUUUACUAACGGGAAGCUUUCCACCGAUCUCAUUGUUUCUUAUAUAGGCAUAAAAGAAUAUUUGCCACCAUAUUUGGAUCCCAACCUUAGCAUUGAGGAGCUGAUGACAGGAGUUAGCUUCGCCUCCGCCGGCUCUGGAUUUGAUCCACUUACACCACAGAUAUCUAGCGUGAUUUCAUUACCCAAGCAGCUGGAGUAUUUUAAAGAGUAUAAAAACCGACUGCAAUCUGCCAUUGGAAAUAGAAGAACGGAAGCUAUUAUCAAAGAAUCUGUGUUUCUCAUCAGUUGUGGUACUAAUGACUUUGUAGUCAACUAUUUCACCUUACCAAUUCGACGAAAGAGCUAUACCGUCUCAGCUUAUCAACAGUUCGUCUUGCAAAGUUUUAAGCAAGUCCUACAGGAUUUAUGGGAUGAAGGAGCUCGGAGAAUCGCAGUUACUGGGCUGCCUCCCAUGGGUUGUCUGCCGGCUGUGAUCACUCUCUAUUCUGAAAACGCCAUCCUCGAACGUGGUUGCAUAGAAAAGUUAUCUCAAGUAGGAAUGGAAUAUAACCAAAUGCUCCAAAAUGAACUGAAUUCCAUGCAGGGUAGAUUAGCUCAUCUGGAUUCAAAAAUCACUUACGUCGACAUUUUCACACCAUUGGUUGAUAUUAUUCAAGGGCUCGGAAAACAUGAUUUCGAUGAGGUUAGCCAUGGCUGCUGUGGGAGUGGUUAUUUAGAAGCAGGAUUUUUGUGUAAUCCAGGAUCAUUUGUGUGCAACGACGCAUCUAAAUAUGUAUUUUUUGACUCAAUUCACCCAACUGAAAAGACAUACAUCAACUUGUUUAUGGCUAGUCGUCCUGUCAUCGAUUCAUUGAUCCAGGAUUGAUAUUCGACUGGUGGAGUGAUGUAUAAAUAUAUAUAUAUAAUUAAAGCUAAUAUUACUUUACAAAUAAUAUAUAUUUUUUGUA